AUGGCGGUGUUUCCAUUCAACCUGAAAUGUUCCGCUGUCAUUCUCAUGGUGGUAGCGCUUCUGGCCGGUGUUGCCUUUGCUCUUGGCCAUGACGCCUUUUAUCAAAGCUUGAAUGGAAAACCUGUGGUGAAUGGUCAACCACUCGGCGUUUUAAAUUCCUCGUUGAAUUUAUCUGACCAGCAAGUUUAUGUUUCUCUGGGCACUUUCUUUGCCUUCCUAGUGAAGAGCUCUCUAGGAUUGUCAGUCUCAACGGUCUUUGACCAAUCUGCUUGGAAGUCGAUUCAAGGCCACAGAACUGGAAUCGGUACCAUCGACGAUCUUCUCUCCGUUCUCAAGAAUGGCUUCACAAUCCUCAAUCUGCAGUUGUGGAAGCGUUUUCCGAUCAGCAUGACUCUUGCUGUUAUAGUUUGGCUACUACCUGUGGCGUCGAUGAUAUCGCCGGCUACAUUAAGUGUUCACUUAGCCUCAAUUGACCAGCAUUCGUUAAGACGAAUCCCUCGUGUCGAUUUUACAAGCGCGAAUUUUGCCGAUCUCAAUUCUGCCCUCUUCACAAAUUCGACUGGCCAGAAUGGAUGGCUUAGCGGAUACAGUGGUCCCACGCCAGAAACCCAGAGGGUUGUCAACAGUGUCGCGACACAAGGAACAAUUCUGCCAAUAGAGCCUCCAGCUGUCAACUCUUCGUGGUCAGUGGAAUUUCAUGGUCCUAGUAUUGUCUGUGACAACGUGAACUCAACCCUUGGUGCUUAUAUCACUCAAAAUGUUGCUCAAGCGAUGAAGGUAUCUGAGCUAUAUGGACCGGAAGUUUCUAGCUUGACUAGAUACGGGUAUCUUUCUUGGGCACCAGAGUCAGAUGAUCCGAAAGGUUCCACUCCCUUUUAUCAAGUAAAUGGGAAUGAUACGUACAUACAACGCUCUAUUCAGCUUGGUCCCGAACUCAGAGAUCCGGAGGGUGUCAACGUGGGAAUUUCGACUCCAACAAACCCUUUCGUUCACGGAGCACCUCUAUCUUUAUUUGUUGCUAUCUUCCCUCGCGCUAUGGAAUAUGCCGAAUAUGACAGUGCUGUGGAGAACGUGGACAAAGCCGUACAAAAUUCAACGAUUCUACGUUGUUUGCUCCACAAUGCAUCAUACCAGGCUGAUCUCACCUACAUCAAUAGAGAACAGACGAUUCAUGUGAUAAAUAAGACGAUUCUUAAUGGUGUUGGCCUCGUUGACGCUAUUGCCAACUACGACAACGGUUCCCUGGUGUCUUCGAAUCUUUCAUUCAUACAUAACCCUCAACUGAUGGAGUGUCUGUCUUACCAGUCUUUGAUGGAGGCCUUCGGCAGUCUCUUAUUUGGAUCGAUCAAAAACUUUAUUGCCAUCGUCGCGAACCCGAAAAGCGGCACUGACCGGAGUUUUUCAUACUCAGAGAAUCCGAACACCAGUAUCAUAUCAACAAGAUUGAUGGAAACAGAAGAGAUGCGUUCCAUUCAAUUUAUUACGAGCUCCAAUAUCAGCAGUCCAUUUACGGAUUACUGGAAAUCGAGAUCUGUCAGCUCGUUGAAUAUUUCGUCCACUCCAUUAUCAAAAGCCCUUGAGGAACUCUUUCAGGACGUCACAUUUUCCCUUAUGAGCUCCAGAAUGUUCCAGCCCAAUUACACAAUGAAUGACAUGCCAGAAACGAAUGUGACUAUCACCUCUUACCGCAAUAUCUACGUCUACACCCGAUCGAUUCUGUGGGCCGCUUAUGGCACUGCACUUGGUGCCACUGCAUUAAGUAUCGCCGCAGGAAUCUUGCUAUACUUCACAAACGAUGGCUCUUAUAGUAGUAAAUUUUCAACAAUUUUCAGGAUCACCCAGGGUGCCGUAGUAUCUACGGACCUUAGCAUGAAAGACUACAGUGGCCUUGACCCUCUCCCCGACCAUAUUGCGAAUGCGAAGAUGACAACCGGAUAUCACUCAGACUAUGACCAAGGUAAUCCUGUUACGGGUUCACCUACAGCCCAUUUUCGUCAUCCUCGUCGAGAAUCAGAGGUUUCUAGCUAA